UCAAACGCUAUUGAUUUUUCGGUGAUUCAAGAUCCUCGAGCUUGUGCCUAAAUUAAGCUUCUAAAGCUGCAAUCGCAAUUCGCUAGCAAUCGCAUUUUUCAACCGCAUUCACCAUAGGUCUUGCCGAGACUGCCGUUUUGGACAUAAUGGCUGCUAAUUUGCAACAGCAGCGCACAAUUAAUGAGCAACUGCGUCGCGAGUCUGGCAUACAACGCAUCCAGGUGUCGGAGGCUUGUAAUGCAAUGAUGAAAUAUAUGUUAGAUCACGAGUCGGAUGAUUGUCUGCUUAGUGGAUUCACCAGUCAGAAGGUGAAUCCGUUUCGCGAGAAAAACUCGUGCAGCAUUUUAUAAGCUCAAUUUUGAAUAGGUACACAAGUUCCUAGCACAGUAUUCAAAAAUAUGUAGACAUAU